CCAGGGUCGAUGUUCGCUGAUGCACUACCCAGAGUGGAGGAUGCUCCGUCGAGAAAACGCGUCGGCCCUGGCGAACUGGAUCUUCCAAGACAUCUUGUGUAGAUGGGGGACCCUGCUAGAAAUCGUCACAGAUAACGGUACCCCGUUCGUGAAAGCACUUACACACCUGGAAAAACAAUACAAGAUACGACACAUCCGGAUAUCGGGAUACAACUCGCAAGCAAACCUGUCCGAGCGGCC